AAGAAAACUUCAAAGGACGAAGAAAGAGGGCUUCUAGGGUUCGUUUCAUUCGCACGUUACUUCCCUUGAGCUCUCCAAGGUUCAAUGUAAAAUCGUAUCUCACGAAUUUUUUUCGAUUGGUUCCUUUCCCCAUCUGAUUAUCUCCGACUUUUUUCGGUUUUGCUUCCAGUUCAGCUCUUCGCACCCUACCCACAUUUCCUUCCUAUCGCGUACUACUUCUUCAGGAAGGUUCCCCGAUUGGAAUUCUUCUGGCCUCUGUGCCUUCUUCACAGUUGCCUCACUAGCUUGUUUACUUAGUUCUAUAAGAUGCCACGAGGAAAGGCAAAUUCUUCAUCAGUUGCUAAGCCUUCUGAACCUGAAAAGCCAACUGAGUCUGAUGAGAAGGUUGAUCUUGAUGAAGAAAAUGAUCCUGAGGAAACGAUGGAAGAAAUUGAAUAUGAAGAAGUAGAAGAAGAGGAAGAGGAGGUGGAAGAGAUAGAAGAGGAGGUGGAAGAAGAGGAGGAAGAUGAAGAAGUUGAAGAAGAAGAAGAAGAUGAUGAUGAUGAUGCCGAUCAUGUUGAUGACACUGACACCAUGCAAAACAUUAGUGGUGAUGAGGCAAAGGUGGAAGAUGAUGAUGAGAAGAAAAAGCAUGCAGAACUUCUCUCUCUUCCUCCUCAUGGGUCUGAAGUUUACAUUGGUAGCAUUCCUCAUGAUGCCUCAGGUGAGGAUUUGAAGGCUUUUUGUGAGUCUAUUGGGGAAGUUAUGGAGGUUAGGGUUAUGAAAGGAAAAGAUUCUGCUGAAAACAAGGGUUUUGGUUUUGUGACCUUCAAAAGUGUGGAAUUGGCUUCUAAAGCCAUUGAAGAACUGAAUAAUAAACAAUUUAUGGGUAAAAAGAUAAAAUGUUCAUCAUCUCAAGCAAAACACCGACUUUUCAUUGGUAAUGUUCCUAGAAGCUGGGGAGAUGAGGAUCUAAGGAAGGUUGUAGCUGAGAUUGGGCCUGGAGUUACAACUGUGGAACUAGUUAAGGAUAUGAAGCACCCAACAAACAAUCGUGGUUUUGCUUUUGUCGACUAUUAUAAUCAUGCAUGUGCUGAAUAUUCAAGGAAAAAGAUGAUGAAUCCAAAAUUCAAGCUAGGUGACAAUGCUCCAACAGUGAGCUGGGCUGACCCUAAAAAUUCUGAUUCCUCUGCUGCAUCUCAGCAGGUGAGGGCAGUAUAUGUUAAGAACUUACCUAAGGAUGUAACUGGAGAUCAACUAAAGAAGCUUUUCGAACACCAUGGAAAGAUUUCAAAGGUGGUUCUGCCGCCAGCAAAGUCUGGGCAGGAAAGGAACAGAAUUGGCUUUGUACAUUUUGUGGAGAAGUCAAGUGCUAUGAAAGCACUUAAAAACACUGAAAGAUACGAAUUAAAUGGUCAAGUUUUGGAGUGCUCUCUAGCAAAGCCACAGGUUGACAAGUCGGGAGGAUCAAAUACACAGAAGUCAGGAUUGCUUCCAGGCUACCCUCCCCAUGUUGGUUAUAAUUUGAUUGGAGGUGCCUAUGGUGGGCUAGGCGCUGGAUAUGGUGCAGCAGGUCUUGCACAGGUGGCACAUUCGAAUCCCUUGCAGCCCAUGAUACAUGGAAGGGGUCCUGCUCCAAGUGGAAUGGCCAUGAUGCCCAUGCUUUUGCCAGACGGGCGAAUUGGAUAUGUCCUGCAACAACCAGGAAUGCAGCCACAGACCCCACCGUCACAUCAGAGAGGCGGCAGGAAUGGAGGGAGUGGCAACAGGAACUUCGGCAGUUCAAGCAAGGGAAGGCACAACAAUGCUAGUGGCCAAGGGCGCAGAUACCGUCCAUAUUAGAUGGUCCCUGAAUUUCAAGCUUGCUUGGUGUCUUGACAUCAUCAAAAUUUAUCUAAGUGUGCUAUAACAUUGUUUUUAUUAACUAUACAAUUUUGAUAGUCUCUGUAUUGAUUACAUAGGAUGUAAGGAUUUACUUUUAUUUGAGCUCUGCUCUUUCUAUGUUGAUAGUUAAUCCCAUAAAUUCGUACUUCUCUUCUGUUUUCUCCCUAGAAGGCCUGAACCAGCUAUUUAAUUCUAUAUAGAAUGUUCAUUUAGAUAAUAAUAUACUUUGGGUUCCCUCUACUAGUACAGAUGUUUUGAUGGAGAGAGCAGAAGUAGAGAACUGUUUAAAUUAUCGGAUUCUUGUUAA